UGAUGAAUUAACAGAAUUUUGGACUAUGAUUAAGAAAACGAAAGAAAAAAAUUUAUAUGCAUUAUAUGGCGUAUAUAUUGAAAAGUGUGCAAAAGAUUUAGGAUUUCAUGAGCUUUUGAAUCAAACGAUUUAUGAACCUAUUGAAUUCAUCGAUGCUAAAAAUAUAAUUCUAAAGCUUCAACAUAUGGGGACCCCUA